AUGGGGGUGAGUUCGCAGCGAUACCCUAAGGUGAAUAUUGUGAGCAACGACUAUGGCAGGUACGGUACUUCGGUUUAUCAGAAGCUUUACAGUAGGAAUAACGCAGUCAAUGAUGUGAACACGUAUCCCUAUGGCCGUAAUCAAGAGGCCGCUCCUGCAUGCAGAAAUGCAGCUUCAACUGGAUCCGCCAUUUGCGAUGAGAAUCCAUUGAUCGAAACGGCUACGUUUUGCAGUACGGCCACUAGCACCACUAGAGGAGCUAAUGACGGGACCAGUUCGGCAGAUGAAGGCAGAUCAGUGGAUAUCGCAUCGGUGGUGGACGUGGCGGCGGAUAGUUCGAGCAGGAGACUGAAGAUCAAGAAGUACAGGUCCCUGAUAAGCUCUUCAUCGAAGAAGCUCAUCAAUAGGCUGCAUGAACACGGCUCCAGCGAUACAUUCUCCAUAUUUUCACUGAGAACUUCGCAAUCUCACAAGCAUGAGUUGAUGAGGUCAGAGCCCAUAAUUCACGAAGUCAGGACGCUUCCUAGUGCAACCUUCCAAUCACUGCCAGUGGAGAUUGUGGCUAACAUCCUGCUUAUGCUCGGCGAUGAAUGUCAGCACGAUCUGGUGAAUUGUCUAUAUGUCUCGCGCACCUUUUACAAUGCUACCAAGAUGGUUCUUUACCGAGAACCGAUGUUCACGUCCACAUACCGGGUUGCACAGUUCGUCACGUCUCUAAGGUUGCAUCCUGAGAAUGGCAUGUAUGUUAGAACCUUGGAUCUCUCUCGUUUGAAGAAUGGACUCGUCGCCCAAGAUACAGACGACGAUCCCUCUCGCGAUUUCACAGAUCCUCAAUCGUCUAGUGAUAUGGAAGAUGCAGAUUAUGAGUAUGCCUUGGCGAGCUGGCGAGAUUGGCGUUAUCGUCACGACUCGCUGUAUGGCGCCGCAGCGUUGAACAGUUACAACUUGAAAAAAGUCGUCUCAAGAGCGUCCUCCAUCAGUUCUCAAGCGACUUCAUCUGGUAUCUCAUCGGCAAGCGGGGGCCAUGGCCAUUGUUCUACAGCGUCCAGCUUGCAUCCACGCGGUCACCGCUCCAACAGCUCCGUCAGCUCCUUUACCAGUAGUAUAAUGUCAUCACUUCAGAACAGCUCGCAUCUCUCGCUGGUAAGCACUUUUUCGACCGCUAAUGAAGCUGGUCACUCACAGACUUUGAACAGAACCAAUAAGUCCCAUGGAUUGAGUAGGAGGAGACCCGCUGACGGUAAAACCGUCCUGAAUAAUAAGAAAUUAAGUGAAGAUGAUGAAAGUACAAUGCGGGAUUCUUUAUGGCUGAGAAUCAGGAGGGGCCCCAGGUACAGGAGGCUGUUGAAGGCAAAGAAAGCAACGCAAGUAACUAACCAGAUGUCAGCGGAGGAAAAUACAGAAUCAUUGCGCAGAAAUAUCCUGGUCAAGUUUGAUAUAUCACCACCCUUCAAGACAUGCCAUCCUUAUGCGAACAAGUUUUUAUUGAAGUAUGCCCCUUACCGUGAUCUGCCCAUUGGCUACAUUUUGCAUAUGUUAAAAUUGUGCCCUAAUAUCACCAGCCUGGACCUUUCGCAUUUAGUUUUGUGUCCUGACUUUGAGAUAAUAGGCAAGAAGCCUCCAAAGAUCAUGAAUUGUACCUCAUUAUUGCCAGCGGUGCAGGAGUCAGCGACGUCAGUCGGAGAACCUGAGGCGGACCUUGAAGUCGUCUAUUUGACGGAUUCUAACAAGAACUAUGAUUAUUACACCGGCGUUCCAAAAGGCAGCUCUCCAGCGUUCAAUCAGAAUGCUGCGAAUCAUCUCACCGCUGGCAAUGACAUGGCUGACCCCCUACCGCUUGAUGCGCUGUAUAAACGCAGGUCUCUAAACCGCCGCGUCAGCACCAGCGACAUCCAACUGAGGCAAAUGAACCCUGCCGAAGUGUUUGAAUUUCUCUGCGCAAACCAGCUAGGCCUCUCUCUCCGAAGCGUAAGGAUGGAUGGCAUUGUUUGGUGCAGAGAAAACAUGAUCAAAUAUUUCGUCAUGAAGACUUUCAAAGAGAACAACGGUAAGCAGUUGCAAUGCAGCUUCGAUAAGGCAGGGUUGAACAUGAACCUCGCUUGGACCUGCUGCGGUCAACUGGACGAUUUUGUCUCGUUGCUCGUUAUGAUCCACAUUUCACAUAUGGACGACCUAGCCCUCCGGGAUGUCUUCAACGUAUUUCCUCAAUCACCAACCAAAGAAAAAUUUGAAAUCAUCAAGGAUCCGGAGAUCCUCGAGAUCUCCAAUGUCUUCGCAAUAGAAUACUGUUUGGACUCUCGAUCUAAGCAAUCGGUCGAAUUUCGAGUAACCGUUCUGAAAUCGGAUAGACCGACGUCCUACAGAAUUAGACGUCUACUUCCAAGUCACGUUUCCCUUGUCGUGAAUUUACGACUCCAAGACAAUUCUUCCAAUCAGCUCGACGAGGAGCUGCCUGAACCCUCUCGGAGACUUCACAGCUUGACGUAUGCCAUCAAUUCUAGGCUGCGCGAACUGCGCAAUGACGAUCUCAGGCGAAAUCUGGGUGAAAAUAAUUUCUUCAUGGGAAGUGCUCUAUAG